AUGACAUUUCGCGACUGCGCUCCUGCUUCUGCGGGAGUUGUUCUUCUUUGUAAUAUAGUGCCAUGUCUCAUAGUAAAAUUAAUAUGUCCAUUCUUCAUGCACCAUAUUCCCAUAUGGACAGCCUCCCUAAUGGUGACAGCUUGGGCUAGUUCAGUACCAACUGCGCUUAUCGGAGUGCUCCUAGCAUCAUUCUCUUGUGGAUUUGGAGAGACUACUUAUUUAGGACUAUCUAGCCACUAUUCCAAGAAUUCGAUUUCAACCUGGUCAUCCGGAUCGGGAAUGGCUGGCUUUGCUGGGACAUUUUCCUAUGCUGUGCUCACUGAUGACAAUCUGUUGGCAUUGACUCCUACAAAUGCCAUGCUAGUGAUGCUCGUAGUGCCCAUAUCCUUCACUUUUUCGUACUACCUCAUACUCGUUCGAGCGCCGACGAUACCCGCGAUCAGUGCCACUAAGCCUUCAACAUGGUUGGAUUUCUCCACGCCUUACGAUAGAGACUUAACAAGAGCGGACUCGGAUUCAAGCACAACCGAUAAGAGCAGCAGGGACGUCAGCAGUAUUGAAGCGCAAAAUCGUCCACUCUACGAGCAACUCAUAGUUAUCAAAAGCCUUCUGAAGUACAUGAUUCCUUUUGGUACCGUAUACUUUAUGCAAUAUUUCAUCAAACAAGGCUUGGUGUUCUACCAAUCGGGUAUUCCUUUCUCGUCUAUCCAUUAA